UUUUUUGUUUUUUCAGAACUGGAAGGACGCCAACAUCAUGUUGCCAUACCUAAUUUUCUUCUUGCUCAUCUCUGCUGCGGAGUUGUCCACUGACUGUCCAGAAGUCUGCAAGUGCAGCUCCGUAGAAUCAAUAUUCUGCAACAAUAGAAGGUUUAUCACUGUACCUCAAGUUCCUGUCACCACCCAACAUCUAUUCAUCUUCCACAAUGACAUUCCCUCAUUAUCCCAAAAUGACUUCAAAGACCUAGUGGAGUUGGUGACACUAGAUCUUAGCCAGAAUGUGUUGGCAGAAAUUCCCGACAGGGUGUUUGAAUCACUGUCAAAGUUGAAGAAUUUGGACAUGUCUUCUAACAACAUUGCUCACAUUUCCAAAGACAGUUUCUUUGGGUUGGUUCAGUUGGAAAGGCUGUAUCUCCAAGAGAACUGGAUACACAGUAUUCAUUGGGAAGCUUUUGAUGGUUUAGAGAUGCUGCUGGAACUCAAGCUACAAGGCAACCAACUUACAUCUCUGCCUUCUCUUAAUUUUCCCAGACUUCUUCUUUUAGAUCUAAGCCACAAUAACAUCCCCACUUUGGGACCCUCAGAUUUCCAUACCCCCAACUUAGAGGCCCUUAAAUUGGCGUCUCUAGGGCUAACCUCUGUAGAUGAAGAUGUUAUAGCCUCUUUGAGGAACCUCCAUGAGCUUGACUUAUCAGGCAACAAGUUAAGGGAAGUCCCUCAGGCCCUGAGGCAGGACUCACUCAAGGGGCUGAUUAAACUUAGUCUGGCAUCCAACCCAAUAAUAGAGCUGAGGGUGAAGGACUUUGAAAAACUGGCUGGUCUUCAAGAACUAGAUCUUAGUGGACUUAAUCUUCAAGGAUUUUCUGAGGGAUUUUUUGAAAGCUUUCCAAAGUUGAUGAACUUGGCAGUGGCUGAGAACCCAUUUAACUGCCAAUGUCGAUUAGCCUGGUUCCCUGUUUGGUUAAAAGAGAAGGAAGUGAAGUUGAAGGGGCCUGAGAUAACCAGAUGUCAUUUUCCUCUAGUCAAUGCUGGAAAAAUGCUUUCAGAACUGGAGCACAAAGAUUUUGGAUGUCCGCAGACCACAACUGAAUAUGCUGUCACUCACAAAGUAAAGACUUUUGUUUCUCAAAUUCCAACCACACCUCCAGUCAUCAUCCAUACUAAUGCCAUUCAUCCUCCUAUUCUACCUAGUGAAGACACCAUUUCUUCAAGAACAGAUAAUUACCCCAUUUCUCCAGAACAUCCAGUCUCACCCAGCUUAAACAGGGAGGAAAACUUCUGCCCCCCAAACAUCUGCCUUAAUGGGGCCACUUGUAUGCUAGACUAUCUUGGUUUUGUCAGUUGUUUAUGCCCCUCUGGAAUAGUUGGCCUCUACUGUGAGAAUGAGUUAGAGAUUCCUGAGCAACAACCUCCAACAACAAAUGUUCCUUCAGUUGCCUCUGAGACACCCAACAAGCCUAAUGCAAUUACCUCUCUCCAAGUGACCUCCACAUCAAUCCUGCUUGACCUACACCGUUUCAUUGAGACACGGCCAAAUAUUCGUGGCAUCAGGCUGACUUAUCGCAACCUUUCAGGACCUGAUCGUCGCCCCAUCGUACUGAGUUUACCAACGUCCUACCCCGAAUACACUUUACGUGGUUUGAUACCCAACUGUACCUACUCUGUUUGUGUCAGUCCCCUUGGGGAGAAAAUUAUUUUUAAGGGUAACYGCUCAAUAGAAAUGGGGUCAUGCACAGAGGCUCGAACUGAGGGGAUYCCUGUAACAUCUGUGCAGCCUCGAGUGAAUGGAAAUACAUCUAUAACAAGCACCCUCAUCACAGCUCUGGCAGUCCUAGCACUGGUGAUGGGCUUGGCUGUGGUGGUUGGGACCCUCAUCUAUCUGCGGAGGAAGAGGCAGGCAAAUGCAGGAAUGGAGCUAGAGCUGGGCCCAGCUGAGCCGGACGCCACUGAAUUAGAUGGUAUAAAACCUUGCAUGGACAAUGGAAUAAAUGGCACAUUACCUCUCAAGCAACCACAGAAAGAUUUUUGCCAGACUUCUCAUCAGUCUUCAGUGUUACAACAAAAUGGUGGUUUGGACUACYAAGCACCACUGAUGCAAGAACAUUGCCCAUCAAAUAAUAAUCUAGCAUCCCUUAAGCCAUCUUAUUUCUAACAAAUACUGAAGAAGAGAGUAUUUCAGGAUGUCAGGAUUUCCUGAUCUUGCUAUAGCUCAAAUAGUGGUUUAAUUCUAUUUUUCACCCCCAUAUCAGAUGUUUACAAUCUGAGAAAGGGCACUUAUUAUCCUCUGUUGCAUACAUGAUGACAUGAUGGAAUGAAUUUAAAUUUAAGAGACGCUGAGUGGUGCAUUUAGGAUUACAGCAAAUUUAAAAUGUGCUUAACCACUAAAAGACAAUGAAGAUCAUUGAGCAGAUUUGAGCGAUGGUAAAAAAAAUCUAAUCAAGUGAUUAAAUUAAGUGCAAUCAAUUAAAAUGGUCUUGGUAACAAGCAACACCUUCUUGCACUGAUCUCAGAUGUUCACACUUCCUUUGUUUUUAAAAAAGACUCUUCAAAAGGAGCUUCAAUCUUGUUGCUGGAAAUGGGAAGUAUGAAACUGAAAAAGUGCCUCAUCUUUCAGGCCACAGAAUUGGAAAACUGAUAUAAAUGAAGAGUUGUUUGAGUCACACAAACUGACAUUAAAUGGAGUUUCAUUCAACUCAAGUGGCACCAUGGGGACUAGAAAAAACUUGCACUGAGGAAAAAAAAGGUUGUCUUUUCCAAUGCCCUAAUCAGACAAGACUGAUGGUCAUAUGGAGAUAAAACAAAUGAUUUAUCGUUAGAGACUUGAUAUUUUUUGUGACUAUAAAAGCUGUACAUUUUUUUAUUUUGAUAUUGACAUCAUUUAAUGUGAAAAGAACUAAAGUAUUUUUAAAUGUCUAAUAAAUUUUAGAUGUCUUCAAAUCAUAACCCACAUAGGCUUUGAAUUCUCUGGAAUUAAAGUUUCUGUGAAAGACAAAAAAUAAAUAAAUGUAAAAUGCUGUGAUUAUUCUGUGCCAUUAUGAAUUUGACUUAUUUUUCCUAGCUGAUGUCAAGCUAUUCUGUUUUUACUGUUUUGUAUUUUCACCGCAUGGUUUUGUUGUAAAUAUUCAUUCAGUAUUGCUAUUGUUAAAACACUAACUGUUCCUGUUUUGAAAAAUAAUUUUAUUUAACGUCAAUGAUUUUCUUUGUUUUUUUCAUAUUUGUUACAACAGUAUCCUAAGUUACAACAUUUGUUCAGUGCAGUYAUACCAGCUUAAAUUCUUGCAAAUCCAAAUAUUAAAGCAACUACAGUGGAAAACGUAACAUAAAACUGUAUUUAUGUUAAAAAAUAGGACUCAUUGAUAUCUUCUGUGUGUGUCCAAGGGCCUGUUUGGCAUUAAAGACCAGAAAUUUUUGCACUGAGCAUCAAAUUCUGUCAUAAUCUCUGCUUUCAGCAAAGUGAAUGAUUGUGGGUAUUUAAGGAUUUGUGUGCAAUUUUACCAGAUGCUAUAAAAGUCAUUGUCAACAUGAA